AUGUUAGAAGAAUCAAGAGAAAGAGCUCUUAAAUGUUUUUACGCCUUAGAAGAGAAAUUGAAUCGAGACUCUCCUCUCAAAAAACAAUAUGCCGCUGUGAUUCACGAAUACCUUGAACUAGGCCAUUUGUCCAUAGCCUCGGAUACCACCCAACCUGGAUCUUAUUUACCUCACCAUGCCGUGAUCAAGGAGCACAGUUUGACCACGAAACUCAGAGUCGUCUUCGACGGCUCUGCCAAAUCAUCUUCGGGAAUUUCGUUGAAUGAAGCAUUAUUAAUAGGACCAACAAUUCAAGACAACCUCUUAACACAUCUUUUACGAUUUUGGCAGCAUGAUUAUGUCGUAACUGGAGACAUUGAAAAAAUGUACCGACAAUUCUUGAUUCGAGAGGAAGACAGGAGAUAUCAACGAAAUUUGUGGCGUAGCGAUGAUGAAAAAAUAACUACUUACGAGAUGAACGCCGUCACCUUCGGUCUAUCACCAGCGUCGUUUUUGGCUAUCAGAUGUCUCCACCAAUUAGCCACUGAAGGGACAGAUAAGUAUUCGACUGCAGCCCGUAUACUACAGAACGAUUUUUAUGUUGAUGAUUUACUAACCGGCUUUAAAUCAGUUGACGAGGCGAUUAUAGCUCGUCAAGAAAAUAACCCAUUUGUUGAAACAAUGAGGCUUGAAUCUCCGAUAAUGGGCGUCAAACGAGCCAAAACUUUUACAGGAUCUUCCUCCAGAACACAUCAACCAAAACUUGCAGUUAAACGAUGA